GUUUUGACUAAAAAAAGACAGAUCAAUUUCGUCUGUAAACAAUAGCUUUCCCGGAAAAAAGGUAGAAAACAGGAAAAGCAGAACAAAAAAUCAAAUGUAAUCAAUAUUCCGAUGAGUGAGGUUACAAGUGCCAAUCAUAAUAUAACAUUGCGUCACGCAUUCGUUUCUUUACGUGUCGGAUUCCGUGCGAUACGGUAGUUGCUCAACAGGGUAAUUGAGCAAGGCCAGGAAGUGCGAUUAAAACUUGAUUCGACGGCUAAAACGGUAAAAUUGAAGAAGGGAAUAUUUGCAACGUGGUCAGUUUUCACACUUUGCUUCGUUCAAGGUUCAGUUUGCGUGUCGUGAACCAGUUCCCGAGCACAAAGCUUCUCCUCUGUUGAUAGCAAGCAGCACAGUCGGAAAUGCAUACUAAACCGGGGAAGAAAGAACCGUCUCUACUUGUGAAGUUUGUAAGCGCUGGAUUAGCCGCAUCUGUGGCUGAGGCUGCUACUAUUCCGAUAGACACGGCGAAAGUUCGACUUCAGGUAAGCUGGUCUUUAACCGCAAGUGAAUGGUUGGAUGUUUAGCCAAGGUCACCCAACGUAUACAAUGAACUUUUUUUGCAUCUUACCUGUUCAUGACGUUUUAAGAGAACAGCCAACACUACUGCUGCUAGAUUUGUAACUUAAUCUAUCCUCGAAACGCUUUGCUUCUAUCUACACGGGAAUUACUUCCACUACAUUUACGUUUUAUUAAUAGAAAAUGGAAUGCCUAAAUUUAUGGCUCGCGAGAGGAUUCAGAUCCAAAACAGUUUUUAACCCUGUGGAAAUAAUUUAUAGCAGCUUAAUUCUAGAAUAAAGCAUUUCCACUAUAUCGUUAGAUAUAAGACGCAUGUAUCGUCAACGAGACAGCUCUAAAGUUGGUAUUGUAAAUAAGUCUUGCAAUUUUCUGACGGUAUAAAGAAAUAUUUACCUCGGACCAGUGAAUCGUGUGACGUGUAACGUAGUGAAAUGUUUGCAUGUUUCUUUUUUCUGGUUUCGUUUCAUCAUGUCCAAUGCAAAACAUGUUUGAAUACUGCGAUCAUUAACUCGCGAAUCGAUUUACGAGGGGACCUUGAUUGGUUGGUCGGUCAGUUCUUUAGUUGGUCGACUCUUGUAAACUUGAUUAAAAUCAGGACUGAAUAGUAGAAUUGUAAAGCAAUGAUUGCCCCUGAACUAAACAUUGUGUCACCAUGUACAGAGUUAGUUAGCAAAGUCUGUGACUUUCUUAGUCUUGGAAUGGAGUGGAUUGGAGACUUAAAUAAGAAAGGGUAAACUUGUGACCCUCAUAAGUGCCCCUUUUAUUCAGUCCUCAUUUCUUAUAUUGGUUCAACAAACAGUUUAUCUUAUAAAAUCAUACCUUACAAAGACUUUUGCUCAAGAACCAAUUGGGAAGACACAGCUACCCUGAAUUGAUUUGAGUAACCCCCACCCCACUCAACACCUUAUAAAGUGGCAUUAUUCAAAGAGAUAGGAUAAAAUCUUUAAUAAAUGAUUCACAAGUCAGUUCCUAGAGCUCUUUGAUUUGUUAACGGCCUUGUUUUGCAAACCUGCCCACUCAUUAGGGUUUGAAACUGGAUCAUGAGAAAGGCAUAGGCAGCAAUUAAGCAGUCUAGGAAAAGACCUAGUGUUAAAUUUUAUUCUCCAGUGUGAAAGAAAAACAUAACCAAUGGUUUUGAGUGAUCAAAAUUUCAAAUUUUGGCUCAACUUCUAGUUUUAGUACACUUCCUUCCUACCUGCCCCUAGUGGGGAUACACUAUUGUAACAGUAAUAUUUGAAUAACAGCUCCCCCAAAAGUCUGUUGGCCAUCUGUCAGUAGACUGUCAACUGACAGUUGACUGACAGGUGACCAACAGCUCUCUGACAGUCAACUGACAGAUUUAAACCAACCCUAGAUUACGAACUUAUGCAUCAGUCAAUUCCAGCUUCGCCCCCAGGCAGCGCAAAAUUUGCAAGUGCACCACCCCUGGGACUGAUAAGGCGGGCAAAUGCCCCGCAGUAGCCGGGGGGGGUGGGUGGGCUGGGCGCAGCUGGAACUGACUGGAACUGACUGAUGCAUUAAGCGGUGAAACUGUGCAACAAUUUCGAUGACCGUUUGUCGGCCAUCUGUUGGUCUUCUGUUGGACGACUGUAGGUUGUUUGUCAACCGACUGUUGGUUGACAGUCGGCCAACAGAGGGCCGACAGAUAUUUUUGGCAGCUGUUCUUUAAUUUUACCCUUUGAUUGUAACAGUUUUUAUACACUAGUUCAGUCAUUUUUAGGUAGAGCAGGCGACUAUUAGUGGAUUUCCACUGAUUGAAACUCUUUUUUCUGUGAUACUCAUCCUUUUAUUAUGAAAAUACUUUUGUUUUUUUAUAGAUUCAAGGUGAAAAUGCUGUUAUGGCAAAUGUAUCAAGUGGUGUUUCAACUGGCAAUCCCAGUGUAAAAUACCGUGGAAUGAUAGGUUCUAUGGUAACAGUGGCAAAAACAGAUGGUGUUCGCUCCCUGUACAGAGGACUUGUACCAGGAAUUCAUCGACAACUCUGCUUUGCUAGCAUCAGGAUAGGACUUUAUGACAAAGUUAAAAAAUUUUAUGGAGAUGAGGACAUAAACAACCCAAAAGUUAUAAAGAAAAUUCUGGCUAGUUUUACAACAGGUGUCUUUGCAGUAUCACUGGCUCAACCAACCGAAGUAGCUAAAGUGAGAUUUCAAGCUAGUGCCUCCAGAUUUGGAUCAAGUAAGGCCUUAGAUGCUUACAAGUCAAUUUACAAAAAUGAAGGGAUACGUGGAAUGUGGAAAGGUGCCUUCGCAAAUAUGGCACGGCUCUCCACUGUGAAUGCCUCAGAGCUUGUUGUGUAUGACAUGGUGAAAGGGUUCUUUCUAAGAAAAAAUCUCAUGGCUGAUGAGAUGCCGCUGCAUUUUGUAUCUGCCUUUGGGGCUGGCUUUGCUACCACUGUGAUAGCUUCCCCUGUUGAUGUGGUGAAGACUCGCUACAUGAACUCGCCACCAAAUACAUAUAAGAGUGCCAUCCACUGUGCUUAUAUGCUGUUGAAACACAAUGGUCCUCUGGCUUAUUACAAAGGGUAAAUCACCAUUUUUACUGUAUUCAUUCGCUCAUUUAAUCAUGAAUCCAUUUAUUAAAAUGUCAACAAGAAACAAGCAGGAGAAGGUAACAGCCACCUAUCCAUAACAGCCAUUUUAUUUUUUUUCCAGUGGUUUGUCCAUACAAUUUCACUCUCAUUUUCCUUUUUUUUUUCCUUUUCUUUCCCUUUGUUUGUUUUUAUUUAUUGAGCAGUGGGGAGACUUGGGGGAUCUUGACCUCCUGCCUCCUGCAACUUGCAUUCCCAGCUCCUACUCCUUUUUUCCUGGUUAAUUCCUCCCUUUAGCCCUUGAUCAAUUCCAAAAUGUGAAGCUUUUUAGCAUAAUUUCCCCCUGUUUCUGCUGCUUCUCACCCUUUUGCAAUUCCCAUCUCCCGUGUUUCAUGUCCAUCCUCCCGUACCCCAUAUAUAGCUGUCAAAAUCCCUGUUGCCCGGCCCUUAAUCUUAAUGACAGCUAUGUAGGAAACCCUCAGAGACAAGGAUCAGAACACCAACUAAUUAGUGCGAAUUAUAAUCUGUAUAUAAAUAUUACUUUGAAAUAUAAUGUCUUGCUCCAAGAGCCAUUAUUAUGCAAAACCAGUGCUUGCUGCAGGUUUCCCCUAUAGUAAUAAUAUUCAAUGUCUUAAAACAGUAAUGUGCCCGUCAUCCUCAUCUUGAAAGUUAUUGGUAUUACUACUGAAAAUAUUAUUAUACUGAGUACAUUAUUAUAUACCUUUUUAAUAGUUUUCAGUUGAAAAGAUACAGUGUUGCAUUACUGUAACUAACACUGUAGUGUAAUUCUAUACUGACUAAUAGCACUGUUCUCUGUUUUCAUAUUCAGGUUCACCCCAAAUUUCAUGAGGCUGGGAGCUUGGAAUAUUGUUAUGUUCAUGUGCUUUGAACAAUUUAAAAGAUUUUUGGGCUCAUUUUCUUCAGAAGAUUGAGGUUUUAUAAUCAUUCUUUUUAGAAUAUUCAUGGGAAUUUUCAAUCGGAUUCUAUUUAAUAAUUAUUAUUAUCUGUGCAUGUCAAUAUAGGUAUUACUAGGUAAUUCUUUUAAGUUUAGAAGGUACACUGUGGAGUGUUACCUGAUAUACUUAAAAAUUAAAAUGGAAGAGGGAUCAUUCAUCUUGAAAGGUUCAAACUAUGUCUGGCUAUACUAGUCAAUUUAAGAUGGAUUUAACUAUCCAUAACAGUGUAUCUCAUUAUCGAUUUUGUUAAGAAGUUCUUUCAAUUGAUCUUUAGAAAUCAGUGAUUGAAGAUUUAGUGUAGGAUUAGGGCUGUUAACAGACUAAGAUACCUUUAAUUUAGUAGAGCUAGCUGUGAGUUAUAAUCACUCAAACAAUCAUUAAGUAAUGUAAAUAACAAAACAUACAUGCCCAUGGGUGCAUAGUAAUUACACAAGUUCUCAUUUUAGUGAAAACCUUUGGGACUCCAUAAGUAGACUUACAACAUUUCAGACCUGGCAGCUCUAGAUGUUAAUCUGGGGUGUUAACCCUGCAAAAUGUCUAAACAAACUGCUAUUUUUACCUUUCUUAAUUUCAUCCGUAUCUUUCAUAAAAACAGAAAACACAGUAGUAUAGUAAUCAGCUAUCGAUCGGUUUGGACAACAUCAGUCUUAACCUGAAUCUGUAUUAAUAUUAAAUUAUUAUUAACAUUUUUAUUAUAGAUCGUAAAAUCCUAGGUAAAUUCCCAGUUUCCAUUACUCCCCAUUUCAGGUUGCUAUUAUUAUGAAUAAGGGAAAGUUCAUUUAAUAUGACAAGGGGGAGGAUGAAGAUAUUGAAACUCGAAGCUUGAAAUUUUAGCAGCCCCCCUCGCUAGCGGUUCAAUUUUUUAGGAGCCCCCCCCUUGGUAGUCGAAAAAAUUUCAGAGGCCCCCCCCCUCCUCCUUCAAUUCCUUUGCUCCCCUGAAAAAAGAUCGCCAGACUGUCUUAAAUAUAUUUACCGUUACUGUCUUCAAUGGUUUAUACUAU